CACCCAGCGUUUAUUUUGGCUCUGGCUCCGUUUUCGUCUCCGCGUCGCCGCCAUUAAACAACACUUGUCUGGGGCUAUGUAAAAAUUACAAAACAACCACAAAAUAAACCGACGUCGAGGCUAUUUACUAGCCCGACCGACGGACUAUCGGACUAUUUUUUCGCGGAGUGUGGUAGUGUCCGUCGAGGUAAACAUGUGAGAGGAAAAAAGGCGUUUUAACACGGUGGUUCGGGAUAAUUUGACCCAGCAGUAGGCGACAGAGGAAGAGGGGGACCGUACAACAACAACAAGGGUUUGUUGUGCUUCUCCCGACAACACUUUGAAGACACGGUGAUCCACAAUGACGGACCAGAGGGAGAAAUGGGCCUGCGACUACUGCACUUAUGAGAACUGGCCCUCCGCCACCAAGUGCACCAUGUGCCGUGCCCACAGAUCCCCCGGCCCCAUCAUUACAGAGGAACCGUAUAAAAGCGGGCCCGACUUGGACCCGGCACGCCGCCCGUGGGGUCUCCCCGCCAGCGAGGGGGGCAGUGGCAGCCUCCUCAUCUGCCCGGACUCCAGCGCCAGACCCCGUGUCCGCCCGGCCGGUGUGGCGGAGCUCGCUAGCAAGUGGUCGUGUCAUAUGUGCACCUACCUGAACUGGCCUCGAGCCGUCCGCUGCACGCAGUGUCUGUGCCAGCGCCCCAAAAGCAGCAGUCCCACCGAGUCGCCCCGAGCAUCCGGCUGCCGGCCCGUGGGGCCUUUGGACCCGUGCGAGGAGUACAACGACCGCAACCGCCUCAACACUCACCAGCAGUACUGGACAUGCUCUUCAUGCACUUACCAGAAUUCACCCAAAACACUCACAUGCGUGGUGUGCGACCACCCGCAAGCCAUUGAGCUGGCCGCCCAGUCUGCCGAGCGCUCGCCCGUUAUCAACGAGCAAGACCGGGCGUGGCGGAGGAGCGGCUGCGGGACCGGCGUGGGUCCCCCCGGCCAGAGGAGGUCACCCCCUUUGACCGAGCGAGAGGACAAUGUCCAAAUGGACUUCCAGAGGAUAGAGCUGGCGGCGGGAGCCGGAAGUGGCAAAGAUGAGCAGGAGAUGGACUUCAAGAAGCUCAAACAAAUACGAAACCGGAUGAGGAAAACGGACUGGUUGUUUCUAAGCGCCUGUGCUGGCGUGGUGGAAGGCGACCUCGCCACCGUGGAAGCCUACAAAUCGUCAGGCGGCGACAUCGCGCGGCAGUUGACUUCCGACGAGGUGCAGCUGCUCAACCGGGCGUCGGCGUUUGACGUGGGUUUCACGUUGGUGCAUCUCGCCAUUCGCUUCCAGAGGCAGGACAUGCUCGCCGUACUCCUCACUGAGGUGAAUCAGCAGGCGGCUAAGUGCAUCCCGUCUAUGGUGUGUCCCGAGCUGACAGAGCAGAUCCGGCGGGAAAUCGCCGCGUCGCUGCAUCAGCGCAAAGGCGACUUCGCUUGCUACUUCCUCAGCGACUUGGUCACCUUCACCCUACCCGCCGAUAUCGAGGAUUUGCCUCCGGCCGUUCAAGAGAAAUUGUUUGAUGAGGUUUUGGAUCGGGACGUGCAGAAAGAAUUGGAGGAGGAAUCCCCGGUUAUCAACUGGUCCAUGGAGCUCGGCACUCGUCUGGACAGCCGGCUGUAUGCGUUGUGGAACCGCACGGCCGGCGACUGCCUGCUGGACUCGGUGCUUCAGGCCACAUGGGGCAUCUAUGACAAGGACUCUGUCCUGCGCAAGACCCUUCACGACAGCUUGCACGACUGCUCGCACUGGUUUUACACUCGUUGGAAGGAAUGGGAGUCGUGGUACUCGCAAAGCUUCGGUCUUCACUUUUCUCUACGGGAGGAACAGUGGCAGGAGGACUGGGCCUUCAUCUUGUCUUUGGCCAGCCAGCCCGGGGCAAGCCUGGAGCAAACCCACAUUUUUGUGCUGGCACACAUCCUCCGAAGACCCAUCAUCGUCUACGGCGUCAAAUACUACAAAAGCUUUCGAGGGGAGACGUUAGGCUACACUCGAUUUCAAGGUGUGUACCUGCCGCUACUGUGGGAGCAGAGCUUCUGCUGGAAGAGCCCCAUCGCGCUGGGCUACACCCGCGGCCACUUCUCGGCCCUGGUGGCUAUGGAGAACGACGGCUACGGUGACAACCGCGGCGCUGGCGCCAACCUCAAUACGGACGACGAUGUCACAGUCACCUUCCUACCGCUGGUGGACAGCGAACGCAAGCUGCUGCAUAUCCACUUCCUUUCGGCGCAGGAGAUGGGCAACGAGGAACAGCAGGAGAAGCUUUUGCGCUCGUGGCUGGACUGCAGCGUGACUGACGGCGGCAUGCUAGCUGCUAUGCAGAAAAGCUCGCGACGCCGCAACCACCCAUUGGUCACGCAGAUGCUAGAGAAAUGGCUGGACACGUACAGACAGAUACGACCCUGCGCCGCUCUCUCCGACGGCGAGGAGGACGAUGACGACGACGAGUGAGUGAUGCACACCAUUACAAAAAAAAAACUCUGUCACGUGAACAAAAACUCGGACUCUUUUCCUUGCCGUCAUGUGACGCGGGGAAAUCCACAUUGUAGAAUUACCAGUACUAUAAUUUAAUCAGUAAAACUGCACUAGUUUUGUUGUCGUUUGCUAUUUGCUUGACAAGACAUUAAGCCAAGUUACCCCUCUCGAUCAUGCUUGAAGUUAUUUAUUCUUUGGUUUUGCACAGAAUAACAACAUUCUGUGAGGGAGGGAAGUGGGUGUGCGGUUACUGACAGUUACAUUUUUACGUUGUGGCGUGGCGGAUGGCAAAUGGCGGCGACAGGUAAAGAGAAACACUUUCUCUUUUGAGAGUGCGUUCAUAUGAUUAAAUUUGAUUCACUUGCA